AUGACUACUGAAGUUGGCUCCGCGUCUGAAGUGAAGAAGGAAUCUGACCAGUUAGGAGCAGAUGGAACCAAGGAGAAACCUAAAGAAGUAGCAGAAAAUCAGCAGAAUCAGUCAUCUGAUCUAGAGGAAGAAAAAGAUUCCCAGUCAUCUCCUUCAGCUAAAAGCCAAAGCAGUCCACGCCGCCAGAAGAGGCAGAAAGACCCAUCGGAGAGUAGGGGUAUUUCUCGAUUCAUACCCCCGUGGCUUAAGAAACAAAAGUCCUAUAACUUAGUAGCGAUCAAAGAUGGAGGAGAUAAGAAAGAGCCUACCCCCGCUGUCGUGGAAGAGCAGGUUUUAGAUAAAGAGGAACCUCUGCCUGAAGAAGAAAGGCAGGCCACGGGUGAUGCUGAGGAAGCAGCUCCGAGAAAACAGCAGGUCAUUAACGUUGAUAUCGAGGAAGAGAAACCUUCAGUGAGCAGUCCUGAGACACAGCCUGCUGAAGAAGUAAGGAAGGAGAGAGAGGAGGAGAAGGUAAAGGAAAUACAGGAAGACAAAUCAGAGGAAACAGCAAAAAGGGAGACAAAGGAAGUGCAGACCAAUGAGUUAAACGGAGAGAAGGCCGUUCAAAAGGCCACCAAGAAGACCAAAAGUGUCGAGUGUAAAGUGACCCUCCUGGAUGGCACCGAGUACACCUGUGACCUAGAGAAACGUGCUAAGGGACAAGUGUUGUUUGACAAAGUGUGUGAACAUCUCAACCUCUUGGAGAAAGACUACUUUGGACUUUCGUUUCAGGAAAGCCCUGAGCAGAAAAACUGGCUAGAUCCUGCAAAACAAAUAAAGAGACAACUAAGAAACCUUCCCUGGCUGUUCACUUUUAAUGUGAAGUUUUAUCCUCCUGAUCCUUCUCAAUUGACUGAAGAUAUCACCAGAUACUUCCUGUGCCUUCAGCUCCGACAGGACAUUGCCUCUGGCCGCCUGCCUUGUUCCUUUGUCACUCAUGCCCUCCUGGGAUCGUACACACUACAAGCUGAACUUGGGGAUUAUGACCCAGAAGAACAUGCCAGUCAUGACCUCAGUGACUUCCAGUUUGCCCCCUCCCAGACAAAGGAGCUGGAAGAAAAGGUGGUAGAGCUACAUAAAACCCACAGGGGCUUAUCUCCAGCACAAGCUGAUUCUCAGUUCUUAGAAAAUGCAAAGAGGCUUUCCAUGUAUGGUGUUGACCUACAUCAUGCCAAGGACUCAGAAGGCGUGGACAUCAAGCUGGGUGUGUGUGCUAAUGGGCUCCUCAUUUACAAGGACAGACUGAGAAUCAAUCGUUUUGCUUGGCCGAAAAUCUUGAAAAUUUCCUAUAAGCGCAGUAACUUCUACAUUAAAGUUAGGCCAGCAGAGCAGGAACAGUUUGAGAGUACCAUUGGAUUCAAACUGCCUAACCAUCGGGCUGCGAAAAGGCUAUGGAAAGUGUGUGUGGAACAUCAUACUUUUUACAGGCUUGUGUCUCCAGAGCAGCCACCAAAGACCAAGUUCCUGACCUUGGGGUCCAAAUUCCGCUACAGCGGACGCACUCAAGCCCAGACCCGCCAGGCAAGCACCCUCAUUGACAGACCUGUGCCACACUUUGAGCGCACAUCUAGUAAGCGGGCCUCCAGGAUUCUAGAUGGAGUUGCUGUUGUGGACCAAAGUCUUAUGAAGGAUUCUCCGGGCCCUGGGGAGGUGUCGGCAUAUGGCCGUGGAGCUGUCAGCACUGCCAUAGUACAGGAUGGGGAUGGCAGGAGAGACAUCAGAAGCCCCACUAAAGUCCCACAUGUUCACCUCAUUGAAGGAAAGAAAAAUUCCUUGAGAGUAGAAGGGGAUAAUAUUUAUGUCAGACAUAGCAAUUUAAUGUUGGAGGACCUGGAUAAGGCCCAGGAGGACAUACUGAGACAUCAGGCUAGCAUUAGUGAACUCAAGCGCAAUUUUAUGGAAUCCACACCCGAGCCGCGCCCUAAUGAAUGGGAAAAACGACGUAUCACACCUCUAUCCCUACAGAUGCAAGGGAGAAAAGGAGACCAUCUUUUCAAGGAUAUUUUAUCCAUGACCGAGAAGUAUCAGAUGGCGUCAACAUGGACAGUUGAAGAAAAAAAAGCCCAGGCAGCAGACAAGAGUUCACAUGAGACUCUGAAUGUAGUGGAGGAGAAGAAACAGGCAGAGGUUGGGAAAGACGAAAGAGUAAUCACAGAAGAAAUGAACGGUAAAGAGCUAUCACCCGGGAGUGGUCCUGGGGACAGCCGUAAGGUGGAGCCUCUGACACAGAAAGACUCCGCCUCCCUGUCUUCUGAGAGCAGCAGCAGCAGCGAGAGCGAGGAGGAAGAAACGGGCCUGUACCGGCCCCCCAACCUGUUGCCUGAGGAAGAGGAGGAGGAGGAGGAAGAAGAGGUGGAGGAAGAACCCAGCCAAGCAUCCCAGGUAGUAGAGAGGGAGGCAGCAGUGCCAGAAGCCAGCCCAGGCAGACACGCAGGGGCCAGUGUAAGCACAGUAGAAACAGUGACCCAGGAGCAUGUAGUUGCCCCUAAGAUACCAACAGAGAAGAGUGUACACGAAGGCGCAUUUAAGCAAGAUGUGAGCGAAGACACAGAGGACGAGCAACAUAAAGUUAACGGAGAGGUGUCUCAUGUUGACAUUGAUGUUUUGCCACAAAUUAUUUGUUGUUCAGAGCCACCUGUGGUGAAGACAGAGAUGGUAACAAUUUCUGAUGCCUCACAAAGAACAGAAAUCUCCACCAAGGAAGUCCCUAUUGUUCAAACGGAAACCAAGACCAUCACAUAUGAGUCUCCACAGAUUGAUGGCGGGGCUGCUGGUGACUCGGGCACCUUACUGACUGCACAAACCAUCACAUCUGACUCUGUGUCAACAACCACUACCACACACAUCACUAAGACGAUAAAAGGUGGAAUAUCUGAAACAAGAAUUGAGAAACGCAUCGUGAUCACAGGAGAUACAGAUAUUGACCAUGACCAGGCGCUGGCCCAGGCCAUCAGGGAAGCCAGAGAGCAGCACCCCGACAUGUCUGUCACGAGAGUGGUGGUGCACAAGGAAACUGAGCUGGAUGAAGGGGAAGAGUAA